AUGGGGCCCGUACUGAUGCUCCUCUUCACACUUGUGUUCGCGGCUUCAACUGUCAACAACAACAGCAUCAACGGGUCUCAAAAUCAGAAGCUGGUCAUCGGUUUCCAGGCUCCAUGGAAUGUGUCCUAUCCCUUCAGCGCCAUGCGGCUCGGCUCGGCCAUACAGAUAGCCGUGGAGAAGGUGAAUACAAAUCCCUCCUUCCUCGGAAACUACAGUCUGGAUUUCGUAUACACGGACACAGACUGUAAUCCCAAAGCUUCCCUGGGAGGGUUCAUCCAGCAGGUGUGGAAAGAAAAGGUUUCCGCACUAAUUGGUCCAGCAUGUCCUGAGGAAGCAGAGGUCACUGGUCUCAUUGCAUCCACAUGGAAUAUCCCCAUGUUCGGCUUUGUGGGACAAUCCUCCAAGAUGGACAACAGCAACAUCUACGAUUCCUACAUCAAAAUUGUGCCUCCCCUGAAAAGAAGCUCGGAGGUCCUCAUCAAGACCCUGGAGUUCUUCGGCUGGAGUCACGUAGCAAUGAUCGGAGGUGGUUUAGAUUCCAACACUUGGGACAAAGUUGACGCGUUGUGGAAAACUGUUGAGACUCCACUGAGAGAAAGGUUACAUUUGGUUGCUUCUGUAAAGUUUGAUACCAGCAAUCGUGAGCUUGUUUAUCUAAAUGUUAAGUACAUCUCAACAGUCACCAGAGUCAUUGUGGUGCUAACAAACAGGGAUGACUCCAUGGCUCUGUUGCUGGAAGCUGAGCAACAGGGCAUGAUGAACGGAGACUAUGUUUUCUUCUUGGUGCAACAUUUUGAGGAUAACUUGUGGAAAUAUUCCCUGAACAACCGGAUUAACCAGGCUGCUAUGAAAGCUUUUGACAUGGUCUUCAUUAUUGGCCAGAAAUCCUACGAAGGCUACGAGUAUUACGACUUCUUUGAGCGGGUUUAUGAAAAACUAAAAGGACACCCAUUUCGGAGCAAUUUGACUUCUAAAAAAGAGGUUAGCCCUUACUCGGCCUACGUGCAUGAUGCGGUGCUUCUUUAUGCGAUGGGACUGAAGGAAGUCCUCAAAGAUGGCAAAGACCCUUAUGAUGGACGGCAGCUGCUACAGAGAUUAAAAAACAGAAACGGCAUUCGAUUUUAUGGUGCCUCUGGACUAGUCCACUUUGACGAGGAGGGGGAGAGGAAUUUGGACUAUUCAAUUUACGACCUGCAGCAUUUAGGAGAUUCUACUAAAUUUGUGCCCAUUCUCCAUUAUAACAGUCACACUAAAACUGUCAGUCCGACGUCCAUGUUUACUUCUGUGGUCUGGCCGAAGGGAAGACCUCCGUCUGAUAAUCCAGAAUGUGGUUUCAACAAUGAACUCUGUGAAUGGAUCACUAAUGAUAUCUUUCUGCUGGCUCUGCUUGUGACCUUUCCUGUCAUUGGCGUGCUGUCAGUUUUUUGCAUUGGCGUCCUAAUUCUGCAGAAGUUACGACUGCAGACGAGGCUCGAUGACUCCUGCUGGUGGUUGAUCAACUACAGCGACAUCACAAUCAUCAGGGAGCACUCAGGAGGUCAUUCUUUAUCUGUAGUCACCACAGCAAGUCAAAGUGUAAGCAGCGGCUCCCAGUCCACUUUCUCCAACAGCAGCUUUGGCCUGAGGGAUAACACGGGCAAAGAACAUGUCUACACCACCAUAGGUCUUUUCCAGGGAAAUCAUGUGGCCAUCAAGUACAUCAAGAACCCCGUUACCAUUGAUGUUCACAAACCCUCAAUUAUCCAAGAGUUUAAUUUGAUGAAAGAGAUGAAACACGAGAACUUGGUGCAGUUCUUCGGUGCGUGCAUCGAACCACCCAAUGUCUGUUUAGUCACCCAGUACUGCAGGAAAGGCAGCCUGAAGGAUCUCAUGACGGCUUCGGAUGUUGGGCUGGAUGGCAUGUUUAAGCUAUCCUUUGCUUAUGACAUCGUCAAUGGAAUGGAGUUCAUUCACAAGAGUAACCUGAAAUUUCAUGGGAAUCUGAAGCUCAGUACAUGCCUGGUGGACAGUCGACUCCAGAUAAAACUCUCUGGCUUUGGACUAUGGGAGUUUAAACAUGGAAACAGACCUAUCAUGCCAUUGGAAAACCCCAAAUAUCAAGAGAUGUAUUGGACAGCCCCUGAACUUCUGAGAAAAGGUGGUCUCCCAAACAAUGGAACGCCUAAAGGUGAUAUCUACAGCUUUGCCAUGAUCAUGUGGGGGCUCAUGUACAACAAGCUUUUCCCUUAUGAAGACAACAACCUGGAGCCAGAGGAAAUUAUCAUGAAGUUGCGGAGUCCUUUCCAAGGGGAACCUCUCCGACCACUGUUGUCUGAUCAGCUGUGUGAUGAGAACAUCAACUCAAUGCUGAGAGCCUGCUGGAAUGAAAACGCUGACCACCGACCCCCAUUUACAUCUAUAAGGAGACAGCUGAGGGGUAUCAGCCCUGAAAGUCAUGCAAAUAUACUGGAUAAUAUGGUGGAUAAGUUGGAGAAAUAUGCAAAUCACUUGGAGGAGGUGGUGGAGGAGAGGACCAAUCAGCUGACUGCAGAGAAGUCCCGUGCAGACAAGCUUCUAUCCAGCAUGUUACCAAGGUACAUCGCAGAUCUGCUGAUGGCAGGGAAAUCAGUGGAGCCACAAAGCUACGAAAUGGUGACCAUCUUUUUCUCUGACAUUGUGGGCUUCACCUCCAUGUGCUCCAUCAGCUCUGCUAUGGAGGUUGUUACCUUCCUCAAUGACCUUUACAGCCUAUUUGACGACAUCAUCAAGAUGUACGACGUCUACAAAGUGGAAACAAUUGGUGAUGCCUAUAUGGUAGCCAGUGGUCUGCCCAUCAGUAAUGGCAAUCAGCAUGCUUUCGAGAUAUCCACAAUGGCCCUGCAUUUCCUGAAGGCCAUCAAAGUCUUCAAAAUUCACCACAUGCCUUCAGAGAGUCUUGCAAUCCGCAUUGGGAUACACUCAGGUCCAGUGGUUGCCGGAGUGGUUGGCACCACUAUGCCUCGCUACUGUCUCUUUGGUGACACGGUGAACACGGCCUCUCGAAUGGAAAGUAACAGCUUACCCCUGAAGAUUCACAUCUCUCAGAGCACGGCUGACAUUCUGGUGCAGGAGGGAUCAUUUGAACUGGAGGAGAGAGGGGAAAUUGAAAUGAAGGGUAAAGGGAGUCGUAAGACCUACUGGCUGACUAACAAACAAGGAUUCAAUCCUCCUCUCCCUAUUCCCAACUCUCCAGCCACCAGUCUCAAACUACUCACUCAGGUACAGUAA